CGUAGCGGUGCGUGCGUGCGUGCGUGCGUCGCUCCGUGCGCGGGCGCAGAGCGCCAUGGAGGCGGCGGCGGGCGGCGGGGCCGGCGGCUCGGCGGGGCGCCGCUGGUACUUCAGCCGCGAGCAGCUGGACCGGAGCCCUUCCCGCCGCGCCGGGCUCGACCCCGACAAGGAGCUCUCGUACCGGCAGCAGGCGGCUAACCUGCUGCAGGACAUGGGGCAGCGCCUCAACGUGUCUCAGCUCACCAUCAACACGGCCAUCGUGUACAUGCACCGCUUCUACAUGGUGCAGUCCUUCACCCAGUUCCACCGCAACGCCGUGGUUCCAGCUGCGCUCUUCCUGGCAGCCAAGGUGGAGGAGCAGCCUCGGAAGCUGGAACAUGUCAUCAAGGUGGCUCGUGCCUGUUUGCAUCCCUUGGAACCGCCUCUGGAACCCAAGAGCGAGGCUUACCUGCAGCAAGCCCAAGACCUGGUCAUUCUAGAGAGCAUCAUCCUGCAGACCCUGGGCUUUGAGAUCACCAUCGACCACCCCCAUACCCACGUGGUGAAGUGCACGCAGUUGGUGCGAGCCAGCAAGGACUUGGCCCAAACUUCCUAUUUCAUGGCUACCAACAGCCUGCAUCUGACCACCUUCAGCCUGCAGUACACCCCUCCCGUUGUGGCCUGCGUCUGUAUCCACCUGGCUUGUAAGUGGUCCAACUGGGAGAUCCCAGUCUCCACGGACGGGAAGCACUGGUGGGAAUACGUUGAUGGCACUGUAACUCUGGAGCUCUUAGAUGAGCUGACCCAUGAGUUCCUGCAGAUCCUGGAGAAGACUCCGAGCCGGCUCAAGCGCAUCCGUAACUGGAGGGCCACCCAAGCAGCCAGGAAGUCCAAGGCUGACGAGCACGGGGACGACGAGAGCCUGUCGGAGCAGACCAUCCUCAGCAUGAUCUCCCGGAACAACAGCUCGGACAUGAACAUCGCGGGGCUCAUGAGCAUGUCCUCGUCCUCCAGCGCCGCGCUGCCGCCUGCCCCCGACUCCCCCAGCGAGCAGAGCAGUGAUGCGGCCCAGCAGCAGGAGCACUGGUACCCCCCGGCCAAGCUGGAGCCAGCGCAGAGCCACCGGACUAGCGAGAGCUGCGGUGCUGAGCACCCCGGGCAGCAGCAGGAUGGGGCCCCCUACCCGAAGCAGGGCAGCAAGAACACGCCGGCGGCCAAGGUGUCGCUCAAGGAGUACAGGGCCAAGCACGCCGAGGAGCUGGCGGCACAGAAGAGGCAACUGGAGAACAUGGAGGCCAACGUGAGGUCCCAGUACGCCUACGCUGCUCAGAACCUGCUGGUGCAGCAGCAGCGGGAGGUGCAGGAUAGGGACCCAUCGCCCAUCAUCCUGAAGAUCCCCAUCGGCGGCCCCGAGAACCCCGACAAGGGGGACAAGGGCUCGGCGCUGAAGCUGAGGCUGCCGGUGAGCGGGGAGCGCCCGCUGCCCUCCAAGCAGGAGGAGAUCAAGAUGCGCAUCAAGGUGCCCCCGGGCGGGGACAGACACGGCUCCUCGGACGAGGGCAGCGCCAAGGCCCGGGAGCACAAGGAGAAGCACAAGGGGCACUCCUCCAACCACCACCACCACCACAACCACCACUCACACAAACACUUCCCCCCCCAGCUCGGCGCUGGGCCCAGCGGCGCCGGCACCAAGCGCCCGGGGGACUCUAAGCACGGUGGCCAGCCCGGGGCUGUGCCCCACAAGAGCUACGGGCCCCUCUCCUCCUCCUCUUCCCGCAAGAGGCCUCUGCCCGAGGAGGCGGCCGCCGCAGCCCAUGAGCACCAGCCCAAAGGCAGCAAAGCCUCCAAAGGCCCCGGGGCGCCCUUCCCGUAUCCCCAUCUCCCCACGGACGGGGGAGGCCUCCCCUUCGGUGCUGCCAGCAAAGCACGGGGGCCGCACAGCAAACUGGACAAGGGGCCUUCGGGGGCCAACGGGCACAGCUCCAGCCAGGCCAGUGACUACCAGGACACAGUGAACAUGCUGCACUCGCUGCUGAGCGCACAGGGCAUGCAGCCCACCCCCCCGCCCGCCUUCGACUUCCACUCCUAUGGGGAGCUCCUGAACCCCCCCCGGGCUUCCAGCAGUGCCAGAGCGGCCCCAAGCACGGACAAACCGCGGCCCCCACCGCUGCCAUCAGAACCGCCCCCCCCUCUGCCCCCUCUCCCUAAGUAACCCCCCCUUUUUACUACUGAAUCGGCCCCGCAGCCCUGGGCUGCCCCCAAAGGGCUGUUUGGGCUCCACUGCCUCACCAGAGAACUAUUUUAUUAUAAUAUAACUUUUAUUAUUGCUAUUUA